GUCGUCUUAGGGGGACACAGGGAACCAUGGGGUUAAGCUCCAUCCUCCAGGAGGCAGGACACUUGAAUAAUUAAAUAAGGGGCGUGCCCAUCAGGCUUCACCCCAUACACUGUACAUUCCUCUUCAGUUUUUUAAGUGUCCUGCUCCCGGGAGGAUGGACCGUCGCAUGUCUCUACGUUCAGUCUUGAGCUGAUACCUGGGGUGAGGCCUGAAAAGCAGGGUUACCUGUUUUCAUAGAGGCAGCCCCCUACGAGGAGCUACACACCGGGGUCAGCAAUAGCAUUAGCUAAGACCACCUAGACGUUGCCUGCCUGAAUGUCUCAGAGCAGAGGGUCUGGCCGGUGGCACAAUGUCUGCACUGUAGCAGGUCUGUCUGCCUAAGAGUUCUUAGGAACUACCCCUCUCCCCCCCCCCUCUCUUUACCCUGGUCCUCCCUCCUGUAGCUCUCCCUGCCUGGCUAUCAUUGGGCCUGCAUUGGCUCCUACCUGGUCCGUUUUUUGUUCCCUGCAAAAUGGGGCAGCUCCUAGGAUGUGCGCUGUAGCAGGCGCAUUGAGGCAGGCUGCUGGAAGGGGGGAUGCCGGUGCAGGCUGCGACGCUGCUGGCAGCCAUCUCCGUGUGGCGCAGGAAGUGGAACGCAUUGCGUUCCGUCUACAGUCUGUUCGGCGGCCAUCUUGGUUUGGCGCGAACCGGAGCGCAUGUGCGCAUGCGCAAGUGCGCAUGCGCGCGCACGCAAUGGAACGCAUAUGCGUUCCAGCGGCCAUUUUGAGUAACGAAAAGCAUAGCAGCAGCAGCACAGAGCAGCUGAGAGAGAGAGAGACAGAAGCGACUCAGCUUAAAGUCUCAUAGGUGUUAUCAGGCAGUACCCAAUACACUCUACCUUUCCUUAUGGCAGAAGGUAAGUCAGUGGGACUGUUCACGAGGGCUGGACGGAAGGGGUCCUUAACAGCACAGGUGACUUACCUAGCUUGUUCUGUAUGCCAACAAAAAAUUCCAGGGGGACAGGGGGAGCCGCUGUGCAGGUCCUGCAACAAGGGGCAGGGGGAAACCACUGCUUCAGGGGGGCUUCCAGCAGAAGCAACUGGGGUAACAGUUAUGUCCCAGGAAGACUUAGGAGCGGCAGCAGAGCCUCCUGCGCCCCUAUGGGCAGUACAGCUCUCACAGUCAUUGGCAGCGCUACAAGGUUUACCUGCUAUUGCGGAGAAUCUAGGCAAAACACUAGUGAGGCUAAACCACAGGACUAGUGGCAAACGUAGACGAAUGGAGGAUGCUAGUGUGGAUGUUAGGAAUCCUAAUGCGUCUGACGACUCAUCUCCUGAGCUGCUAUCAUCUCAGUCAGAGGGGGAAAUUGAGUCUCCUGGGUCUGUCUCUGCUGAUGAGGAAGAGAUUCAGGAUGAAGGAAAGGAUCGUGACAGUCUACAUGACAUAGACGGCAUAAUCAAAGGGGUUCUUGAGGUGCUUAAUAUUUCUCAGAAGCCUAAACACACUGCAGAAGCGUCAAACUUAUUCAAGAGACAACACAAGUCUUCUGUUUGUUUUCCGGAGAAUGACCAACUCCAAAGUUUGAUUCAGAACGAGUGGGACUCACCUGAACACAAAUUUCAGACGAAUAAAAAGUUUAAUAAACUAUAUCCAUUUCCUAAAGAACUAGUGAAUGUUUGGUCUAACCCACCAGUAGUUGAUGCUCCUGUGUCUAGACUCUCAAAGUCCACCACACUGCCAGUCACAGAUGCAGCAGCUUUUAAAGAUUCCUCAGACAGACGGCUAGAGGGGUUUUUACGUGCAGUUUACUCAUCUGCAGGUUCGACGCUGCGUCCAUGUCUGGCGUCAGCAUGGGUGUCCAGGGCUGUUCAGGCAUGGUCAGAAGCUCUGGUUAAAGACAUUCAGAGUGGUACCUCCUCGCGACAGGAGCUGUUAGAAUCGGCACAGGCUAUUGCUGAGGCAUCUAGCUAUCUUUGUGAUGCCACUCUGGACACUUCUCAAGUCACGGCCCGGACGUCGGCCUUGUCCGUUGCGGCACGCAGAACUUUAUGGCUCAAGAAUUGGUCGGCGGAUGUCAGCUCCAAGAAGUCGCUGACUUCACUUCCCUUUAAGGGGCAAAGACUGUUCGGGGAGGAGUUAGAGUAA